GGCAGAAGCGUCGUCGCCGUCCUCCUCGCCGGACCUGCCCUGCUGCGCGGCCCGCCUUCGCGCUGCUCAGUCUGCCCCCGUCCUCUCGCGCGAUAAGUCGUGUGCCGCCGUCGUCGUCGUCGUGGUGCUCGCCGAUAAGUCCACGGCCGCCGCGCCGCGCUCACCGACGUGAACGUGCCGCAGCCGUCAGCGGGCUGCUGCUCGGACCGGCCCCAGGGCGACGUCGUAGACCGCCCGCCGCCCGUCGCACCCGCCGUGCGUCUCAGACAGUGCAGCAGACGUGGAGCAGCGGCCGUGAAGUGAAGGCGAGUGCGGGGAGCGACCCGCACGCACCUGUCGUCAUGAGCGCCAUGGGGUCCCUGGACGCGCUCGCGGCCGUCGUGCUGCUCAUGGUGUUGUGCUCCACCUCCAGAGUCGUGCGGUACUACAUCAAGUGGGCCGUGUUCGUGGUGUGGUCCACCGUGUCCGCCUGCGCACCCAUCCCGCUCAUGCUGUUGGACCCUCUGAGCUGGAAGAACGCCCUGUACCCGGCGAGGAGCCUGAGGGUGCUCACGCGGCUCUUCGGCAUCCACAUGGAGGUCUCCGGCACGGAGAACAUCGUGGACUCCGGCUGCGUCGUGCUCCUCAACCACCAGAGCCUCCUCGACCUGCACGUGCUCGCCGAGCUGUGGGUCGUCAUGGAGCGCUGCGCCGUCAUCGCCAAGCGGGAGAUCUUCUGGCUGUGGCCGUUCGGCCUGGCCUCCUGGCUCUGGGGCACCAUCUUCAUCGACCGCCUCAACCCGGAGAAGUCCCAGAAGACGAUCAACUCGACGGGAGACCGGGUGCGAAAGGAGAGGACCCGGCUGCUGCUGUUCCCCGAGGGCACGCGGCACGGCGGUACCACCCUGCUGCCCUUCAAGAAGGGCGCCUUCCACGUGGCCAUCGCCUCGCAGACGGCCAUCCAGCCAGUGGUCGUGUCCAGGUACCACUUCCUGGACUACGACAAGUGCAAAUACGACGCCGGUACCGUGCUCAUCAAGAUCCUGCCGGCCAUCUCCACGAAGGGCAUGACGCGCGACGACCUGCCCGCCGUGCUGGAGCGCACCCAGGCCGUCAUGCAGGAGGAGUACGCGCGCCUCAACAUGGAGGUGCUCAAGAUGGACGCCAAGGCGAUGGACGACAAGUACGUCCGCUAGGCGCCCCCACCCUCUGCGGCGAGGUCCCCACGCACGUCCCUCUUCUUGCGAUCCUCGGAGAGGAAGCAAUGCGAGUGGUUUGGAUUGCUGCUGGUGAGCGUUGUGCCGCCGCCCGGGGGGUUCCCGAUUGCGCGAGUAACACGCGAAAUAGGGUCAAAACGGCGCAACUUUGACGUCUCAAUGUUGAGAGUACGCCGUGGUUUUGGUAAUACGUUGUUUUAAUGUAAAUAGCCAAUUGACACCGUUACUGAAAUUAGAGAGUUACUUGCGUGAUGAUCGAACGGCGACGCGAGAAGAGCGCCCUGUGAUCUGACAGCACUGACUUACAAAGUGUGAUACAUUUUAUACUGUUAUUAAAAAAAUACCGAGUGGAGAGCUGGCCAUGUCCGCAGUCAUAUGCAGGAGAUUUCAUUAUACAUGUAAUUACGGAAAUAAUGUUAGUUUCAUUGUUUGUUUGUUUGUUUCUUUUUUGAAGUGGGACUGAGAAUUGAAAUUUGGGGGUUGUUCAUGUAUUUAUUUAUUUUUAUUGUAUUUCUAUUCCAGAGGGAUGGGUUAAAAUUGGUGUUUGGUCCCAGGGAUAGAAAAGUUAAACUAUCAGGGGUAUCUUGCACAGACUUUCUGGACAUAACGAAAUCACACAGUUCUCUUUUUGUUCUCCCCUUUGUUUUAUGUGUAUUUGUAUCCAUUUCUAAGAUAAGUGUGUAGACGGAAAGAAAUUACUGUGAUUUGUACUGACACUUAGUUUUACAAGUUCCCUUUAUUUGUACAUAUUUUACAUCGAGGAACAAGUCCUAUAAAUAAAUGUUAAUGUUAUGUACUA